AUGGUUACCAAGUUGUUGACGUUGCCACUGUUGUUGGUGUUGGUGGCUGCCUCACUGGCUACAGCUCAGAGUGAGGAUCAAGUACGAGCAGAGUUGGUGGAGUUGAUCACAAAUGUAACAGUGGAGAGCAAUGCCAUUUACAAUCUACAAGAUACAUAUGGUAAUGAAAUGCAAUGUGCCAAGAUCAUUCAGAUAGAGAGUUACUUUUAUAUUGGAGUCUAUCAUUAUCCUUACAACGGGAACUUCAUCGUUGGUAUUUCCAAGUCCAACGACCUCAUUCAUUGGCAACAGACAUCUGUUCUCGAAUUUGGAAGUAGCCAAGCCACUGUAUAUCGUGUAGACAACGACACCUACCUAAUGGCAUGGGAACAAACAUACAGCACUGGCAAUCACAUAAGGAUUAGAUAUUACUCAAGUUUGAGUGAUUUGUUGUCUGAUCACUCAAGUAGUUGGGUGGACAUCCCGCCACCCUCAUGGGUUGAAGCUGGAAAGUCAAUUGGAACUCCAAAUAUAUUCACAGCAACGGUGAACAAUGGAAACAUCUAUGACUCGACGAUCAUUGUCGGCAAUCACUAUGGUGGUGAAGCAGAUCGCCAAUCAUCAUUCAGUAUCACAAAUCUCAAUGUGAACGAUAUCAACUGGAUGCGUAACCCCAACACAUACUACCCGCACCUGGAGGAUUCGGUCCUGUACUGGCUUGAUCAGGAGAGUUCCAAUCCUGGCAAUAUUGGUGGCAGGGAUGCAAUUCAAUUCAAGGGCUACGACUUUGCAAUAAUCGAGGGCAACCCAUCAAACACUGGUAACAGUCACAUCGACUUUGCACAUUGGCAAGUGUUCCUUUACGAUCGCCAGACGUUCAACGCUGAUGUGCUGGCCGUGCGCACACCAUGUGAGGCCACAGCUUGGGCCAACCCGCACUUUACACUCAUUACACUGCCCAACUCCAACAAACUUGUCGUCCUAACUACACUAUUCAUUCCAUCUGAAGGUGCUGGAUCAUGUCCAUCCAGCACACUGAUAUAUUACAAUGUUGUUGGCUAA